CAAAGAAAAUCCGCCUAAAGGCAAAAUCCAGUUACUUCCACCUCACAACAAUUGCUAAUAAAGUCACCCCUCUCAUGCUCUCUUUUCUCUCUCCAGAAAAAUUUCUUGUAUUUUUUUUUUAAAUCAGAAUUAUGGGAAGCAUAAAUAUGGCUCCUUGUGUCUGCACCUGUAUUUGUCGAAGUUUUCUUCUUCUUGUAACUCUUCUUCUCCUCCUUCCUCAGACUAUGCAAUAUAUAGCUGCCUUGAAACUAUCGAACUUCCUUAAAACGUUCAAAAAGUGUUACAGGAAUUAGGAUUGGUAAGGCGGGUUAACAGAGUUUGAUUUCAGGUCAGCAGUGAAGUCUCAAUUGACCAGUAAUGACUUAUUGGCUUCAGACCAUAACAUCGUUGAGAUAAUAACCACAUUCACUGAGUUAAUUCCAGCCUUGUCAAGUACCUUUCUGGCUUUUGGGCUGCUGCCAAUUGAUGAUUCUGUAUGCAUUUGUGCAAAACAAAAGCUCAAUCUAAGUCAUGCAGAAGGGAUAGAUUGCAUCUUCUUCUGGCUCUUUUGAGAACCUUUUUGCAUUGAGUUACUGCACUAUUGAUAUACCUGUCUCUGUCAUCUUGUGUGAGUUGCAUAUCAAUUAUGUCGGAGGGUGUUGUCUGAACUGGAAAUGCUUAAGAGAACUAGACUAUUUAUGGCCGUAUGCCUUCAAGAAGACUUUCUAUGAUGGAGCUUACACCUAUCCACAGCAUUGGAAGUAAAAGUUCUGUGGGGAGGAUUCAGCAUGAAUUCUGGCCACUUGGGGAGAUUGAUCCAAAAAAUUCAAAGUUCCCCUGUUGUAUAGUUUGGACGCCCCUCCCAGUUGUCUCAUGGCUGGCACCUUUUAUCGGACAGGUUGGCAUAUGCAUGGAGGAUGGUACUAUUCUAGAUUUUUCUGGAUCCAACUUUGUGAAUGUCAAUGAUUUUGCAUUUGGCUCCGUAGCCAGAUACCUUCAAUUAGACAGAGAGCAGUGCUGCUUCCCUCCAAACCUUGCGGGGCACACGUGUAAGCAUGGUUACAAACAUGCCGAGAAUGGGACAGCGAUCACAUGGGAUGACGCUCUCCAAUCAAGCAUGCGUCACUUUGAGCACAAGUCAUACAACCUUUUUACAUGCAAUUGUUACUCAUUUGUUGCUUAUUGUCUGAACCGGCUCUGCUACAGGGGUUCAAUGCAAUGGAACAUGAUUAAGGUUGCAGCUCUGAUAUUGUUUAAAGGGCAUUGGGUUGAUGUCCUGUCAGUUUUACGGUCAUUUUUACCUUUUGUGGCAGUGAUGUGCCUGGGUGUUGUCGUGGUGGGAUGGCCUUUUCUCGUUGCAAUGUUUUCUUUUUCCCUUCUCCUUAUUGGAUGGUACAUUUUGGCUAAUUACUGCCUUAACAAUGUAUUGGAGAGCUAGCUGGUGCGGCGCUCGGGAGAUCUUGUUCUUGCCUGAUGUAAUGUGAAGUACCUUCUAUUGAAAGUUUGAAGUAGUACUAGUUUUUGUUC